GCCAGUGCCUGCCUGUGCCUGCGUGUUUUCUUUUCUAGUUUUCUGUUUUGUUAGGUUUACAUUACAAAAAAAGAUCUUAUAAAUUUAACUAAUCGCUCGAAAACUAUUAAGUUGUAAAAACUAGUAAGUGUAUCGCAUAUUAUUAUUAACUUUAAUUGACGCCACAAAAUUGGAAAAUGGCAUCUACCUCCCUCUCAACAGAAGACGAAGAGUUCCUAGCCAAGUGUGAGGAGGAGCUCAAACACAGAUUCACUGAGAAAGAUGAAGAGUACAUGAAGGUGUUUAACUCUGAGCCUUCAGUGCCGCCGAUAAUAGAGUCCUGGUGGGUGCCGAACAACGACGGGCGACGGCGGAAUCGCCCCCCGCCUUACGCGAGGCAGGGCGGGCGCGAGGGCGGCGGCGGCGGGGGCUACCGCGAGCGCGACUCCGGGCGGGACUAUCGCGAGCGGGACUCAGGUCGAGACAGGUACCAGCGCGGGUACUCCGAUAGAGGAUACGAAGACAGAGGACACCAGGGCUACAACCGGCGGCCACGAUACUAACUCCUUUGAUACGUUAAAAUAAAAUAAAAGUAUUUUCUCAAAAUAA